UUGGGGCAGCCAUGCUGAAGCCGGGCGACCCGAGCGGCUCGGCCUUCCUGAAGGUGGACCCGUCCUACCUGCAGCACUGGCAGCAGCUCUUCCCUCAGGCGCAGCUGAAGGCGCCUCUGGCUCCGCCGCCUCAGCCUGACCGCCUCUCCAUCCCCAUGGACGGCCUGCGCCCGUCCCGCCUGCACAGCCACCUCCUGGCCUCCACGCACUGCACCUCCUCCUCUUCUUCUACGUCCUCCUCAGUAGCGUCCUCUUCAGCAGCAGUAGCAGCAGCAGCAGCAGCUCUCACCCCGUCCUCCUCCCUCUCCAUCUCCGCCUCCCAAGGGCUCUCCCAGCUGCCCGUGCCCCAGCAGAUCGCUCUCUUUGGGCAGGCGUUGGCCCCGGUGUGUGCUGGGCCCGGAGGCCCCGGAGGAGGAGGAGGUGGACCAGGAGGCCCUGGAGGAGGAGGAGACCUGCUGGUGGUUGUCCCCCCGGAGAACCAGCAGGGUCACAACCCAGCGAUGGGGUUCCUCCAUCAGGCCAAAGAGCAGAGCUGUGGGGGGGUGGGGGUGGUGUCGUCCAGUGUGAAGAGCAGCAGCGGAGGAGGCGGCGGCGAGGAGGGCGGGAAGGGAGCAACGAGCAGGUUCAAACUGACGUCGGAGGAGCUGGACUACUACCUGUACGGACAACAGAGGAUGGAGAUCAUCCCACUGAGCAACCACACAGGAGAGGUCAACAACCGCUGCGACAUGUGUGCAGACAACAGGAACGGCGAGUGUCCGAUGCACGGGCCCCUCCACUCUCUGCGGCGCCUCGUCGGCACCAGCAGCUCGGCGGCUCCCGUCACCCUGCCGGACGUCCCUGAUUGGCUCAGAGAUCUGCCCAGAGAGGUGUGUCUGUGCACGAGCACGGUUCCAGGUCUGGGUUACGGGAUCUGUGCGGCUCAGAGGAUUCCUCAGGGAACCUGGAUCGGUCCAUUUCAGGGGAUCCCGCUGCUGCUGGACAAACUGCAUGGAUCCAUGAGGAACACACGACACCUGUGGGAGAUCUACGACACAGAGGGAACGUUGCAGCACUUUAUCGAUGGUAAUGAUCCCAGUAAAUCCAGCUGGAUGAGGUACAUCCGCUGUGCCCGACACUGUGGGGAGCAGAACAUGAUGGUCGUCCAGUACAGGUCGUGUAUCUUCUACAGAGCCUGUAUGGACAUCCCCCGAGGAACAGAGCUGCUGGUCUGGUACAACGACUCCUACACGUCCUUCUUCGGCAUCCCGCUGCAGUGCACCGCUCAGGACGAAAACUUAAACGUCCCAGCGACAGUGGUGGAGGCCAUGACCAGGCAGGAGUCCCUCCAAUCCUUCAGCAAGAACGGCAAACCCUCCUCUUCGUCUUCCUCCUCCACCCCCUCCACCUCCCUCAUGCGUUCCAUGGUCUUCCCCCACUCCCCCUGCCCGAGGACCUUCUCCCUGUUGGACAAGGUCGGGAUCGGACUCCAGUCGGACUCCAGUUUCAGCCAGUUGGCGUCAAAGAACCAGCGAGUCCUGGCCAGUCCGACGUCCACCAGCCAGCUGAGCAGCGAGUUCAGCGACUGGCACCUGUGGAAGUGUGGCCAGUGCUUCAAGACCUUCACCCAGAGGAUCCUGCUGCAGAUGCACGUCUGUCCACAGAAUCCCGACAGGCCGUACCAGUGUGGUCACUGCUCUCAGUCCUUCUCUCAGCCGUCAGAGUUGAGGAACCAUGUUGUGACUCACUCCAGCGACCGACCCUUUAAAUGUGGAUACUGCGGCCGAGCGUUCGCCGGCGCCACGACGCUCAACAACCACAUCCGCACGCACACGGGAGAGAAGCCGUUCAAGUGCGAGCGGUGCGACCGCAGCUUCACGCAGGCCACUCAGCUCAGCCGUCAUCAGCGUCUUCCCAACGAGUGUAAACCGGUGAACGAGAGCAGCGAGUCCAUCGAGGUGGAUUAACCCGACUGAGUCCUGGUCCACGUCCGAGCAGCUGGAUCUGAAAACGCUUCCUCCUCCUCCUCAGUGACCCAGUGAAUCAUCUGUCCUCCAGCAGCUUCCUGUCUGUCCAAGAGGAGACGCUGUGAUCUCAGAGACUUACUGGAUGAAAAUAGUUUUAAUUAUGGUUUAAUUCCUGUUGUGUAGUUAGUGUCUGUGAAGCAGCAGCAGAUUGUCCCGAUCCGACUCGUUCACAACAACAGGAACAUCUUCUGCUGUUUGUUUACAGCUCAUCCACCAAAAACUAGUGACUCAGACAUUUGUUCUCUCAUACAGAACACGUCAGGAACACGUCAGGAACACGUCAGGAACACGUCAGGAACACGUCUCAGGCUUCAUCCACACGACUACGUUUUCCUUUAAAAACGCAUCAAAUCCGAGAUUCGUCCAACGUCCAAACAAGUUUUAGAGCCAAUCAAACUGAGCGGUUUGUAAACGCUGCUGGUUCCGUUUGAGUUUGAGUCUGAACAGUUUAGAAACGAUGACACAUCGGCCUCAGCUCCCAGAGUAGAACACAACAUGGAGAACCGAUUAACUUCUGUUAGUGUGGACGGGAACUAAAACUGAUACAGAACCAAAACACAUCGAUUCUAAAACGCAGCCGUGUGGACGUAGCCUCAGUGGUCGGACACGGAACUCCGCCUCCUGCUGCUUCACUCAGUUUAAUGUUCGUACAAAGAUAAAACGAUUCCCUGUUCUUUAUUUUCCUGGCGUCUCGAAGAGGACGACCACCUGAACGUCGUUACUUGAGAGCGUUUUCAGAUUCCAGCGUCUGAACGUGAACUGAUUGUUUACGUCUUUUUGACUCCACUGACGGAGCCACGCUCAUCCUGCUGGAGAGAAUCCUGAUUCAACCAAACCAAAGAUCCUUGUUUUCCAGCAGACCUUUAAAACGGAGGACCAGGAUAUUUAUUGGAGACUUUUUGGAAUCUGUCACGUUUCCCUCCAAAGAAAACUCUUUUCUUGAAACCGGGACAAAAACAAUGAAAUACCAAAAAAUUCAGACGGUUCCGUCUGUAGCUUUACGUCUCGGUUUCUUUUUUUCUUUUUGCAACAGCGAUGCCAAAGGCGGCGCGACCAAAGCAAACAGACUGAGAUGCACAACGAGCGGCGACACGAGCGCUCGAGGACGACGCCCGAGUUUUUCAUCACUAAACGAACAAAAAGACAGGAAGUAUGUAUUGUAAAAAAAAUAACAAAAGAAAAGAAAAAGAAGAGGAAGAAGAAGAAGAAGGGACAAAAAGAAACAUAAAUUAUAUUUAUCUUCUCAUAUCGAGCUUCGGGCACUUUUGUUUUUAAAAUGUUGGUUAUUUAAGUUUUGCAGCUCUGAUGUGGAGACGGGGGGGGAAAGUUACUGACGAGAUAAUGGAUGUGAUUUCUUAUAGAAACUAGAUCGUCACUCAGUAGAGACCAGAGGAACCGACAGGAAGGAAGCAGCUGCUGGUUCAUCCGCAACAAAUAUUAUAAACUCAAAGAUCUGAACGUCAUUAAUGUGUCGGAGUUAUAACAAGAUCCAGAAAAUAUCUCCUGAGAAAGUUAGAACAAUGUGGAAAACUCUGUCCCGGCUCCAGCUCGUUAAAGCAACACUGUGGAAGUUCUACUGAGCAACAGCGCCCCCUGCAGCCUGUGAUCCUUCCUGUUGGGCUCAUUCAGUGUAGAUAGAGACGACUGGUUCAGACAGUCGAAGCUGAGACUCUCAGUCAGUUGCUCUCACAGGAGAUGGAGCAACUCACCAGAGUCACAGACGGAAACGUCCUCCUCGUUCACACCAGACAUCAGACUCACUUCCAUCCAGCUGCUGCUUCAGGUAGAAAGCUGCUCAGUGUUGCUUUAACGACUCUCGAGGCCCGAGGACGGAGCCUUGUGGGACGCCUUCCUCAGCUUCAGGGCACUUGACCUUUGAACCACGAGGAUCUGCUGCUCAGUUCGUUCAGCUGUGACCGUUCAGAAGAGACUUUGUGUUGAUUUCAAACAGAAUCAGACUUUGAACAGGACGUCCUCGGUGGAGGAGAUAAUCCCACAGCUCGUAAAUAACUGUUUGUUUCAAUGACACAGUUUGAUAAUUUACUGAAAUCACUUCAUGUUUUAUUCUCAUCUUCUCAUUCUAAACAUUUUCAGGUUUCUGGUGUUUUCUGUGAUUUCAGUUUAAAGACGACGUCUGAUCUUCUUCUCUCCGUCGCACAGAUUCUUUUAUUCUCAUGUUUGCUACUCGAUGAGUUUGAAUCUCAAACCUCUGAUCUCAGACGUGUGAAUCGAGACGAGACACUUUGUACUCAGAGUAAAGAAGCACAGUUACAGUUACAGUUAUAGUUACAGUCACAGUCACAGUUACACCAACACCAGAUCGGUGUUUGUGCCUGAGAGUUAAAAAGCUUUAAUAAUCUGUAAUAAUCUGACAAUAAUCUGAAAACUGUAACUUCUCUUCCCAAAGAAAACACAGAGGUUCAAACGUUUCACUGCAGGAAAACGUUUCACUUUCAUCACACACGUCUGUCACAGUAUAUUAUAUAUAUAUAUAUAUAUACAUAUAUAUAUAUAUAUAAUAUUAUUCUAACAAUCGCAGAUUCUUUUGCACUUUUUCAAAUUUGAUAACACAUUGAUUUAAAGUUUUCUACGUCUCCACACACACAAAUAAUAUUGAUAAUUUAACAGUAAAUAAUUAUAAAAUGAUAUGAAUUAUAUUUAAAUAUAUGAUAUUUAAAUUGAAUUAUUAUAUUAAUUAUUUUUAAUUGUUUCUUAUUUACAAAUAAAAAGUAUUAUUUUUAAAUUGGAAGUUUAAAAAGUGUUUAAUUUAAAAGUGAAUUUGUAAAAAUGCAGGAAUCAUAAAUGAUGUUUAAUCUUUUAUUUCUCACGUGUUUGGUGAAACGUUCCGACUCAGACGUGUUCGUGACCGAAAGAGAAAACGUCUUCGUCAGUGAAACGUCUCUUUUCUAAAAACAAGCAGAUGAUUCGCUUCUGUUCAGAGAAAAAUACAAAUGAUGGGAUUUUAUUACGAAGUGAAACAAUUUGACUGAAACAGAAACGUGAUGAAGAAGCAGAUUCGAGCAAAUUCACUUCCUGUUCAACUUUCAUCUCCUCGGAAUAAAAAUGUUUAUUAAUGAGAAAAUAGGAAGAAAUUAACAAGACGCUCAGAUUCUAUUUACAAACAACUGAAGUUUCUGCAGCAGAAAUUAAAACUUUAAUUAGAAAAAACUUAAUUGGUUUUUAUUUUCUGAAAAACAUGAAUUAAUUUAUGCAGCAAUAUUUUCCUCAGAAACGUGAAUCUGUCAGAACAGAAACUGAAUCCUGCUCAUAUCUGAUGAAGAUGAUGAAGAUGAAAUGAUGAUGAUGAUGAUGAUGAUGAUGAUGAUGAUGAUGAUGAUGAUGAUGAUGAAGAUGAAGAUGAAGAUAAUCAUUUCCUGUGUAAAAUGACAGAAUCGAGUCAAACUGAUGAAUUCACUUGUUUGCAUGAUUUCGUCUCUUUUUCUAAACGAAUGACAAAAUGAGAUCAAAAACCAAAAAGACGUUGUUCCAGAGGAAAUAAAGCUGAACUCCAGUUUUGAUUCUU